CUGUUUGAUCGAACGAGAGCGUCACGACCACCUUUAUAAUUCCUUUCUUUCGCGUCAAUUCUGUCGAUUCUAUCCUCCAUUCUGCCUUCCACCAUGUCGAUGACUUCCCAGGCCGCAGCUCGAUGCUGCAGACAGCUCGUCCGCCCAUCCGCUUCCCUUCGCCUUUCCGCACCAUAUCAGCAGACAAUAGGCCGGAGGUGGCAGUCCGCAGAGGCUGCUGCACCCGCAAACCCCAAGAUUACGCAGAUUGUCGACCAGAUCAGCCAAUUGAACUUGUUAGAAACGGCCGACCUUGUUGCUAGCCUGAAGUCCCGCCUAAACAUCCCUGACCUCCCCGUUGGUGGCUUCGCCAUGGCCCCCGGAGCUGGCGCCCCCGGUGCUGCCGCCGCAGCAGAAGAAGAGGAGGCUGCUCCUCCCGCCCAGGAAAAGACUCUCUUCAACAUCAAGCUUGAGGCUGUCGAGGCUGCCUCAAAGGCCAAGGCUAUUAAGGAGGUUAAGACGCUUCUCGGAUUGUCGCUCGUUGACAGCAAGAAGUUCGUUGAGUCCGUGCCGAAGGUUCUUAAGGAGAGCGUGCCCAAGGAGGAGGCAGAGAAGCUUAUUGAGACGCUUAAGGCUGUUGGUGCGAAGGCUGUUAUGGAGUAGAAUACAUGUUGUUUUCUUGAGAGGGGUGUGUCGGUUGCUUUCUCCCGCUUUCCGGUUAGACGUGUUUUCUCUUUUCUGUCAUAUAUCUGUGUCUUUCUGAAGGUGUUUUGAUAACUUGGCCGGAAAGUGGGAGAUAGGCAACGAAUGUAUAUUAUCAUCUACUUUGGACUAUUUUCUUAUCCAGAAGGAAGGAAUCAGCUCUGCAUCGUUCGUUCUACUGCUCGGCCAGUUCUUAUAGACUGCGUAUGUGGAGGUUGGCUAUUCGUAGACAAUUAUGAACUAUUUUCUUUUAAUCCAAAG